AUGCCGUCCUCCAAUCCACCUGAUGACAUGCAAUCAGUGCAUAACCUGGGCCCCGCCGGCCAACAGGUUAUGAGCCCAAGCGCUCAGGGCUUGGCUUUGGAUGGUGAAGAUCGAGGUCCCGACUACGGCGGUGAAGCUGCUGCAACUGGAAUGGAUGGUGGUGGCCCAUGCGGGAUACUGAUGAAUGGUGUUGCUGGAUCUCGGGCUCAGCGGGUUUUUUCGACCUAUGGGUCGGUGGUGCCCCCUGACUCUGAUGUUGACACUGCACGUAUCCCUGGGCAGACUGCAGCUUCUGUUUCGGACGCUACGACAGCUGAUGACACCGGACCGGGCGCGGCGACCAACGUGGGACACACGUAUACUAGGAAUGCGGACGUACGCAUCGUGACGGCGCCGGCAGCAACUGUACAAGAGAUGACCACUACGACGACCGUGGAGCAGUAUGCUGCACUGCCUGUGGCUGAGGUGACAAUGAGCUCUCAGACUAACCAUCUGGGGUUUUCUCCUCCGGAGGAGCUGUUGGAUGGGUCACCACGGGCAGCGGGUGCCAACAAUGGGCCAGUAUGGAUUGCACGCCUUGGAGAAUUUCUCCAACGCAGGGUGACUCAAGCGGGGGCUAUCUUGGAGAGGACGACGAGGCAAACUCCGACCCUUUCCCCGCCAGCGAGUUGGGCCCAAGAUCCAGGGCGCUUGUUCACGCCAGAGGCUGAGCAGGUGAUGCAGUCUUGGAAUAGGCGUGCACCCCUCCUACAUGGUCCUGUUCCUCCUCGUGACAUUGAGUCAUCAAGUGGUUCCUUGACGCAGGAGCAGAUCCUACAAGAAGUUCAGCGGCAAGUUCAAUCUGCUAUGAGGGAUCACCAGGAGGAGCUCAAGAGGACUAAAGGACGCCAAGAGGCCUUGGAAGAAGAGAACAAUCGGCUUCGAGGUUCACUACGGCAACUGCUGGAAGCAGGAGUUCCUGUGCGGGACACGAAUCAACUUGAUGGUGGCGGCAAUCUGGUAGGACCUCCAGGAGAUCCUGAGCACACGCUCGCUACGCCUCCCGGACUUGCACGAGGUGGUGGGGCAAUCCUGCUGGACUACCACGACACGCUGAAGUUGUUCAGGGUGAAGUUGGUGAGCAACGUGUACGUGCAGAAGAGCAAGCAAGGCAUCCAGCGGCCGGUAGUGUACGAUUCAACCUACUUGAAGGUGAUCUUGGUGUGCAUCAAGAAGGGCAUGAACGUGGAGCGACAAGACCUGAAUCGGGGGCUUCUGCAUGUGAUCCUCUUGGCCUUGGACAUGGAAGGCAGUCAAGGGGGGCAGGAGUUUCCCAGGAGGCUCUACGUGCACCGGGACAACACCGUGGUGAAACCAGGUCUGGUUGAUCUCCCGCGCCUUGCCGAAGCAUCGGAUACGAGUGCCAUAGAUGUGGGAGACUGGCUUCACAGCCUCAUGAACCCUAUGGGAGACCUCUCCAACUCCUCUUCUUCUUGGUGGCACGCGAUCCUCACAUCCCUCGAGGCCUAUUACCAGGCAUAUCUACGAGCUUCCACUAGAGACAAGCUGAGUUUGAGGCCGGAGACGUUUGCCUGCGCUGAGGUUGGGGAUAGCAAGUGGUCACGGGUAGACAAGCGAGCGGCAUCCAUGAUCCUUGCCAGUCUUCCGGAGUCGGUGAGGGGCGAGGUUAUGGCGGCAAGACUUUCCGGCACGCUACAGAUUUUGGCUCGGGUGAUGGUGCUUUAUCGACCAGGAGGAGCAGCAGAACGACAGCAGGUGUUGAAGGCUCUGGAGAGUCCUACAAUCGCCAACACACCCCUUGAGGCCGUGGAAGCGCUACGGCGAUGGUCUCGUUGGCUGAGAAGGGCAGAAGAUGUGGGACUACAACCCCCAGAUUCCAGCGUAUUGCUGAAAGGCCUGGACAUGAUGGUUCGGAAGCCCAUCACGGAGAGCAGUGAGAUAUCGUUCCGCAUCGGCAUCCUCCGAUACAACCUGGAAGUGGACACGAAGCCUUGCACUGCCACGGUCAAAGAGCUACACCAAGCGCUGCUGUCUGAGUUUGAGCAGGUUGCCUUCAAGGGGAGGCAGAUGCUUCACUUGUGGAAGCAAGCAGCAUGUCCAGAAAGAGUGUCCUACACGCCCCAGGAGCCCAGCGAAGACAACACCGACGGCUGCGACAUCGUCCAAGACCACAACUACUUCUUCAUCUGGCACCUCUGGCGAACCUCCUGCUUCAACAUCGGCGGCUUCCCUGAAUGCCCUUCCACCAAGUACAGAGCUGACGUUCAGUCGCUUUUGAGAGAGGCCAAUAUGAUGUUGCGCCAGAUGACACAGAUGAACCUCAAGACCCUGACUUUGGCCACAGUGGAGCGAGAAGCAGCUUGUCGAACAGGCUUGUUGGAUUCUGGAGCGUCGCAUGCGUACAGGAUUGGGUCAGAGGAAGAGUUCCAAGCGGCCACAAAAGUGCAGGUCCAAUUGGCAGACGGCAAGGAGGUUGAGCUACGGCAGACCUCAACGGGGACCCUUUUAUCCCCGAAUGAUCAGACGAGUCCCAUAGUCCCUCUCGGUGAACUCAUCGAGAGCCUGGACUGCACCUUGGAAUGGACUAGAGAUGGGAUGACGAUACAGCACCCCCAGCGAGGUGAAAUUCGUCCUCGCAUGGUCGCUAAUUGCCCGACGGUGACAGAAGGACAGGCGCUGGAGCUGAUCAGGGACAUAGAGGAGAAGAAGAAUCAGUUGGUGGAUGCUACAAGAUCUUCAGCGAAGUUGCUUUGGUGCUGGGACAAGGAGCAAUCCUGGUCGCAGCAUCUGUUUGACUUCUUGGAUACAGGGUCAAGGACUGCUCAACUUCGGGCCAUGGAGGCGGAGGAUUCUCCGUUCAAGGGGCUGUCAGCUUCUGUGCGAGCUGCCUUGGCUGAGGAGGUGGUUCUCAAUGUGGAUGCUGGCGCUAAGUACGUGAAGGCUAUGCCGAUAUCAAGAAGAAUGCGGCGAACGCUUUUGGCUGCCCCUUGGACAUUGCAUCUCUAUGCUGGAGCAGGCAAUCAUGGGGACUUGAAGUCUCUCGGGCCAAUGCUUGAGGUGGAUAUCCAGAUCUCCAAGGCCUAUGACCUUCGAAAAACCGCCGGAACUUACCGAGCUCUCCUCUGGUCCGCUGCACAGGGUUUACUUGAUGGUGUUGUUGGCGCCCCCCCUUGUCGAGGAACGGAGGACGAAGAGUUGGUAGCAAAGCAGAUGUGGCUGAUGAUGGUUGCGAAGGCUGCGAGGAUCAAGAGAACGGGUUUUCCGGUGUACUUGGCGAUGGAAGGAGACAGGCUGCUGGGUGAGCUCGCGAAGAAUGAAGAUGGCUGCUUACCGAAUGUGGCGAAAAUCUUCACGAACUACAAGGAUGCCAUGUGCUUGGAGACCUUGACUCCGGGUGUCCUUACCAACCUUGAUAUGCAGGGCUGGGACGGAUGCAUAAGAAGGUGA